UCAACACAUUGUGAAUUUUAUAAACAAAAAAUCGCUUUGCUGCCUAAGCUGCAUUGCAAAAGUAUUAACUCAUCAAAAUUUCGUGCUGAAGCUGAAUUUUUUUCAUCAAAAUCGAUCAAACUUAUUGAAUUUUUCCACAAUUUCAGAGCAAAAAUGUCGUGUCCAACUGUGCAAAAAUGCUGUGGUUGCAUCGGCCUGGAGACUGCAGGCAUAACGAUGGGUGUUUUGGAUAUAAUUAUACGAGUUUCGCACGCAUAUAUCAUUUUGAAUACGGAACAAAGAGAUAUUUACUUCCAAGUUCGAGGAACAAGGGAAAAGACCAUUGUAACUGUACCGCCGGAAUUGUUGACGCUGAUUGAUUGUCUCUGUUUCAUCAUAACGAUAGUAUAUCUUUUGGGCAUUUUCAACAGCAAGCGCAAAUGGAUGAUACCCUCAAUGGUUCUAUCAUUCGCAUCGGCGAUUGUAUCAUUAUGUUACUGCAUCGCACCGCUGAUUGACCUCAUCACUGGCGUAAAAGGCAAACAAACGGACUCAUUAUUUUACUUCAUUUUCUUCUUCUGUAUUGCAGUUUUCUUCGUCUACUUCUUGGUCAUCCAAUAUUCCCUUUACAAAUGCACGAAAGAGGGAAAAAAAUCUCCGGAUACGAGAUAUGCUUCGAAAGGCACCAUAAGCGACGUUUAAUCAUAGUCAAUGACAUCAUACGUGAAAUUCGAUCAAUCGAUAUCAAUUUUUCAAAUUCGAUUUAUAAAGCGCCAUGAAAACGUGUUCAUUUUUUCCAUCAAUAAAUUAUCUUAUUUCGUAUUCUCCAUAGCUUAAAAUACACGAUAUAGGAUUAAAGUAAUAACAAUUUCUAUGUAAAACAGUAUUGUCGAACAUUCAUUCACAUUCAUGCACAUUCAACAGUUUUUUUUUAUAUGAGGCUUUAUGAAAAUAACAUGUGAAAUAAAUCGAUAAAGUAAAAAUCAUAUAUAAAAAAUUGAUAUUCAAUGCGAAUUUCGUCAUUUAAGCUGUUGUAAUCUAAGAUUGAUUGAUUCGAAAAUAUUCAUUGAAAUAAUACUAAAGAAUUCCGAAAUAUUUGAUAAAAAUCGAACUUUUGUAAAACAAAAAAUCUGCACAUUUAUUAAUUUGUAACUAACAAAUUGUGAGCUAAGUUAUGCUUUUGUAAGUUUAAGUGGAAUGUGGAGAAUAAAAUUGUUUUCUUUUCAAAGUCUCCGAUCUUGUGUUUAAAAUGGUUGCAGACACAAUCAAUUGUUGGCAACUUUUAGGCGUUUUCGACUCAUUUAACGGAUAUGCGUCAUUAGCACAGUGUUGCUAUGAAAUUAGGUCAAAUAACAAAAUUGAGAAAGAGAGAUUAGAAUAAAGAAUGUGGUUUCGAUUCCAUGAUUGAAAGAAAUAAUGGACAAAGUAAUUAAAACAAAAGGCAUGUCAAAUAUGACGAUUGAUCUAGAAGAGAAA